UAUUUGAAAUAAAAACUUUAUUUUGAUUUGCUGCUAACUGCAAGGUUUUUAUCUGUAGUCUUUGUAGUAGGAAGCACUGCAAAAACUACAAUAAAAAAAGUGCAGUUAACAAAUGUAGUGCUCUCCACUAUGUAAAACCCUCACCUGAAUUUUUAGGUUUUUCAGUUCAAGACAAUUAAAUGAAACCCAAAAAUUCAACCCCAACAAUCAAAUGAUCCCCUAUGAGCAAGCACUCUGGCAACGGUGGAGAGGAAAAACUCCCUUUUAACAGGAAGAAACCUCUGGCAGAACCAGGCUCAGGGAGGGGCGGUCUUCUGCCAUGACUGGUUGGGGGUUGGGGGGUGAGGGGCAAAAUAAAAUCAAACAUAAAGGAGAGCACAGCAUAUUUAUGACAGGCUGGUGGGCUGUGGCUCGAGUCCAAAAGAUGCUCGAGUCCCACCUGAGGUGGUAUGGACACGAGAACUCUGUAGCAAAAACGGCUAUGAGGAUCGACCCAGAAGGACGCCGGCCUCAAGGCAGACCGAAGAAACGGUGGAUGGACAAAAUCAAGGAAGACAUUAAGACUGUCAACGCAUCACCUGAGGACGCCUUGGACAGAACCAAAUGGAGAAACCUUCGCAAAGAGCGGACCCUGCACCAGCGGGAACAACGCCAGGAUGUGGCUGGAAAACAUCAUUACUGUUUUUAAAGGGUAACUGGUCCACAUCCACAAUUACAGCCCUACUGUAAUUGUGGAUGUGUAGCGAUCCCCGCUCUUUGGAAUCAUGAUCCCACAGAGCAGGGACAUUCACUUCAGCCAAAAAGCUUUGAGAUGGCCCAGCAAGCUGCAGGAACAACAAUGGCCGCUGUGGCAAGACCUACUUUAAGUAGGUGUUUGGCACCAUGACACCACGAACCAUGGGUCUCAGCCUCCUCAGGUUCAGGAGCAUUUCUAUUUAUUAUACACUGCGCUUCUUCCACUAGGUGCUGAUGGUUUUCCACAGUUUUCCUGAGUUCUGUGAUUUCCUUUGUAAUAUUUUCGUACCCUCUUCUGAGUUCUGCGUUUUCUUCCCUGAGUUCUGUGUUUUCUUUUGUAAUAUUUUCGCACCCUCUUCUGAGUUCUGCGUUUUCUUCCCCGAGUUCUGUGUUUUUUUUGAUAAUAUUUUCGUACCCUGUUGUGAGUUCUGCCUUAUUUUUCAAAAUUCUUUCGAUCUCUUCCGUGUGAGCUCUCUCACUGUUUUCAUACUUUUCUUUGAUUUGAUCUCUGUCCCUUCUAACGUCAGACAGCUGAGUAGUGAGUUGAUCUCUGUCCCUUGUAACGUCAGACAGCUGAGUAGUGAUUUGAUCUCUGUCCCUUGUAACGUCAGACAGCUGAGUAGUGAUUUGAUCUCUGUCCCUUGUAACGUCAGACAGCUGAGUAGUGAUUUGAUCUCUGUCCCUUGUAACGUCAGGCAGCUGAGUAGUAAUUGUACUGUUGGGCUCAGAAAUUUGCCUUACGAGUUCUUGAACGUGAGACAGUGUGAUCUCAACAGCGUGAAGCCGCAGCCUGAAUGAUUCCAAUCUAUUAUUGCUUCCAAAAGGUAAGAUGUUUAAUGAGUCCUGUGACAUUUUUUUAAAGGUUUAAAGCACGGUGUCACAGGUUAAAUACGUAUUAGCUUUGUCUAAAACAACUAGCUGUUUCUGAAAAUGCUCCAAUGUUAACUGUUAAAGGAGCUCCCCUAUUUAAGGACUCGGUUUAGCAGAGAACGUGACGUCGCCCGCGGCGUCAUAAUGGUCCUUUGAGAAGAUCAAAGAGCGCUGUGGAUGGAGGAGGAGCCAAGAUGGCGACCUGUGUGGACGCUUCUCUGUAAGCUCGUGAAUCUCUGAUGAGUACCAAACGUUUUAAAUGAUCUAAACUGACUCAGAUAAUUCCUUUAUUAGAAGUGACUCAUUGCACUUGUGUUUUGCGCUCGUACAGGACAUCUUUAUAACAUAAAAUCAGGCGAAACUGAGUUUCUUUUCUUUUUUUUCCUGCCGAAUUCCGACACGGUGAAGUGUUAGCUUGUAUAGAAACAUUUAGCUAAUAGCCACGGGAUAAGCUUGCAAAAUGGCCAAAAAAGAGGCGCGAAGAAAGGAAGGACUGAUAAUGGACUUGGAGCCAGAUAAAACCUUUGCAGGCUUAUGCAAACCUCUCCCUCAGACCCCUCUUAGUGCAACGUCUACGGUGUCUGUAGACCAUUACGUCUUUUCAUUGGCCCGGAAUCUACGGUGAGCGUAGACACUGUAGACUCGGGCCAAUAGGAGCGCCGAAACCCACUGUAGACGACCAAUCGUCUGGUCGACGGAAGUUGCGUCACCAAAACAACAACAACACACAGCGAAGAAGCCGGAAAGUCCGCUAUUUUUUUGAAAUGGAAACUGGCAUUUCUUCUAUGUUUACGUGAAGUUACAGACUCUGGAUUUAGCGGAAAUUACACGACGCUGAAUAGCGCAUUUAAGGCUUUUUCUUUGUGGUAAAUGUUAGCCGCGCGCUAGCCGACAUCUAAUGUAUUACGCCCAUUUCUAGUCUUUUCAGUGGCUACAACUGAUGAUCGCGACAUUAGCAAUUCAUGUUGUAAAUCCAGAUGCCCAUGCACCUCGUCAGCAGGCCUGGUGAGAACUGUGGUCUUCACCAAACCUGCACACAGCAGCUGCUCAGCCGAGCCGCUGCCUUCACUCACGCACGGAGGGUAUCCACGCGCCUUCAAGUCAACAUGAUGCCUUCCGUGGCUCGUUACAAACCAUCUGAGAUAUAUUAAGUAGAUCUGACACACUGUUUCCUGACGCCGUGGGAAGCCAGCACCGAAGUCUGUGCACAGCCCUCUUAGAUGAGGCCGAAAGACCUGGGACGUUAAAAUUCGGGUCCAGGCCGGUGUUUUUAGUCUGGUCCACGGCGGUGGGAUUCAGUCUGACGAUCCGAACCACCAGUGAAACGUCUGAGGGUUGAAGCCAGGUGAUUGGAUCCUGGUCCGAGUACUCCAAAGAAAAAAUUGGAGCUCGCCACGGUGGGAGGGUCCAUACCAAGUGCUUCUGACCACUCCAACUACCUGCAAAAUAGCAGAGAGACCCUCCUGGAUACAUCAGAGCCACUGCAAAAGGGUUGAGGUCCCAGGAAACCCCGGCACCUCCAAGACAGCACAUUAGGGAAAUCUCACCCACACUUGAUUGCUUCAGUGGUGAGGGGGGAGUGUUGAUUGGGCCCCCGUAGGGUAAGCUCGCACUCCAACCUCCAGCCUCUGAUCAACUUUAGGGCAGCCAAGUGUGAGGUGUGACGUAUCUGUGUGCAACCAUGGGAAGGUGGACCCUCUUGGUUACCUUGACUACGAUGCUCACCCUUACAGGACCCCAGCUGAUGCCAACAACAGCUGAACCACAAGGCAGACAGAAAAGGUGGACGCAUGACAACUCCCACCUAAGAGACAUGACACAAGACCACAUCCACCCUUGGAUGAACAAUGCCUGGUACCGCUACAUCCACGACAGGACCAGAGCAGAAUCGGAAAACACAGACUGUUAUGUCUGUUCUUAUAUGCCCAGCACGUCGACACACCCCACACUAUAUGGCAAGUAUAUGAACAACACUCAAGCAAAGUGUGCAGCUAGCUUCGCUGGCAUCGGACUCCAACACAGCCAAAUCAUCCUCGAAGACACAAACCCAUCUACCUUUUACACUCUUCAUGUCAACCUUCAAGGAGGGUUACAACGCAAGAAAAUCACAGUUGAAGACGUGGGACUUGAUAAAGGAGUAUGUGAUCAACUUUUCUGGAUCAACUUCAAUGUGACAAACCGCAACACAUCCAUCCAUUUUCCAGUGUUCUUGGACCAAACUCCAGGGAAGAACCACUCCAUGUGUUAUAAACAAAGCAAAGGUAACAGGCCGCUUGGAAACACCACCAACUGCAACCGGACCGCUGGAGGAGGAGAAGGUGCCCCUGUGGACACGACUGGACCAUCUAAUGGCACAUACUGGGUGCAAGGAAUGGCCUGGCUAUGUGGACAACGGGCGUAUUUCAUACUGCCCCCAAGCUGGACAGGAACAUGUGCUCCUAUAUUCCUGUCAGACCACACUUUCAGAAUGACCGCAGUAAACACCACUUCUACAGUACACCGGAAAAGAAGAUCAACGCCUCCUGAAAUUCAGCCACAUGACCCAAUAUGGGGAAGCGACGUACCCAAGGAAGGUGGACUUUGUGUCAUCUUUAACAACACCUGCUGCACUUACAUACCAGACAAUGUACACUCAUCAAACAUGACUGACGCACUGAACGCCUUGAGACAGAUCCAGCAGGCCCAAAAUCAGGACUAUGUGAGUGAUACGGGUGACUGGUUUUCUUGGCUUUACACUGGCUCCUGGCUACAGGUGCUAAAAAGACUACUCAUCGGAGUUGGAAUAUUUUUACUUUUAUUUUGUGUUUUUGCAACAUGUAUUCUGCCAUGUUUAAAGCUCAUGAUUAACCGCAUAAUUGUUUCCACUGUUGCUGCAUACAUAGCCGUGACAAAUGAUGACGAUGACUCCGACCUGUUGGAACAUGAAAACUUUGUGUGACUAAUGAUGGUGUGACAGAAAAUAUACAACAAGAUGUUACACACUGAUAUUUCACUUAAAAGUUAUACGUGACAACAGGAGGGAAUGUCAAUGGAAAAUUGUCAGUAUAAUCUUUUACUAAUAUAAGUUUGCAUAUGAUAGAAUAUUGCAUGAUGACCUCUUUAUAACUCAGACUGUUUUGAUUCACUGUGACCCGUUAUCAUGCAGGGAAGGAGCAGUACCUGCUAGAUAAGAGCUUAAUGAGCAGUUUCACUUUGUACCAGGUAGAGGAGCCUCUCCUGGCACACGCACACACGCACACACGCCACACACACACACACACACACAUAUCCGCACAUGCUCACGCAUCAACAUUCCACUGAACAAACGUAUUCACUGUUGUAUUACUCUUCUUGUGUAUAAAUAAAGACCAGGGCAGUGGCAGAGCGCGAGUCUCGGAGCCCUCACUCCAAGUGCAGGUGCUCUGUGGCUGCCCUUGCAUGCAAGCAAAACUGUGUUUCUCCUCUCUGAUUCUCAGCUGAAGAAGUGUCUUAGAGUACAUCUCUUGACAAUGGACCUGAACUAUACAUUUAAGGUGAAAUGGCUAAAAGAAUGCUUAAAAUCUCCUGGAUCAUUAUGGCAUUUCAUUCCACAUAACAUUUUUAGAAAUGUUGGAGGUUUACAGUUCUUAUUGUCUUGUAAUUACAGUAUAUCAAAGUUACCAGUUAAAAUGUCUGCAUUUUAUCAACAGGCAUUGUUGGCUUGGAAAUUAUGUUAUUCACAUAACUUCUCUCCACAUAGAUCCAUUAUCUGGAAUAA